AUGGGCUCAAUUGCAAUCGAAGAGUUCGAAAAAAACCAGACAUUCGAUGGUAUGAAUCAUUUACACCACGGUGAAACGAAUGGUAUAUCCGAUGCAUCUAUCCGCGUUGACCUAGGAUUACACGGAGUGGUCCCUCCUGUCGCUAUCGUGGGCAUGGCAAUGAGGCUCCCGGGCAGCAUCCACUCUGCUGAGGAAUUUUGGGAAUUCCUGGUAAAAAAAGGAGAUGCACGCAGUCGAGUUCCCGAAUCCCGGUUCAACAUCGAUGCUUUCCACGACAGCUCGAAACCUGGCUCGGUCAAAACCGAGUAUGGCUACUUUUUACACGAGGACCCAGCAUAUGUAGAUGCGCCAUUUUUCUCGAUGAGCAAGUAUGAAGCCGCGAAUCUAGACCCGCAGCAGAGACUCCUACUCGAGGUAGUUUGGGAAUGUUUGGAGACUGGUGGCCAAACCGGGUGGCGUGGGAAAGAUAUUGGAUGCUUCGUUGGCUCCUUUGGAGAAGAUUGGCUAGAUAUGUCAAGCAAAGAUACCCAAGAUAUUGACAGGAUUCGAGCACUAGGUACCGGAGACUUUGCACUCUCAAAUCGUAUUUCUUACGAGUAUGAUUUAAAGGGUCCCAGUAUGACAUUUCGAACCGGCUGCUCAGCUUCUAUGGUCGCUCUGCAUGAAGCAUGUCGUUCUCUUUAUUCAAGAGAAUGCUCUGCUGCCAUUGUUGCUGGAAGUAAUCUUGUUCUUGCUCCGACCAUGUCAACCACCAUGUCUGAUAACAUGGUCCUUUCCCCCGACGGAAUCUGCAAAUCUUUUGAUGCCAGUGCCGACGGCUAUGGGAGAGGCGAAGCCAUAAAUGCUGUUUUUAUAAAACGACUUGACGAUGCAAUCAGAGACGGCGACCCAAUUCGUGCUGUUAUUCGCUCAACGACGACAAACUGUGACGGUAGAACGCCUAAUAUCACAACACCUGGAGCAGAAACUCAGGAACAACUUAUACGUCAGGCUUACAGCCAGGCAAAGAUCCAUGAUAUCUCAGAAACUGCUUUUUUUGAAUGCCAUGGAACCGGAACGGUUAUUGGCGAUACCACUGAGCUAUCAGCCGUUGCUACGCUCUUCCAGGGGAAAGGAGUAUACAUUGGGGCGGUCAAACCCAACAUAGGACACUCGGAAGGCGCCUCAGGGCUAACGGGAAUAAUCAAAGCGACCUUAGCCCUCGAGAACAAGACAAUACCACCAAAUAUACAUUUCAAUAGUCCGAACCCGAAGAUACCCUUUGAAAAUUCUAAGCUCCAGGUGCCCGUGGAACCACUGCCAUGGCCAAAGGAUCGAAGUGAACGAGUAAGCAUCAACUGUUUUGGGAUUGGUGGCACGAACGUACAUGCAAUCUUGGAUUCGACUGCAUCAUUUUUACCAGUAAAUGGUAACCGCCACACUCUUUCCGCAAAGCACAGUGGACCCCGGCUCCUCGUUCUAUCAGCGAAUUCGCAACAUUCUCUCCAUCGACAAAUCGAAAGAUUGAACUCUUACCAGCAAAGUCGGCCAGGAAUAUCUAAUGAUAUAUGCUUUACCCUUGGCACUAGAAGAGAACAUCUCAAGCAUAGGGCGUUUACAGUUCUGAAGGACGAAGAAAAUAUUGAUGUUGCAAAUUUCGAGAUGUCUCUGUCUACCAAAGCACGGAACAUGAUAUUUAUCUUCACUGGCCAAGGAGCGCAGUGGCCGGGUAUGGGUAAACAACUGCUGUUAGAACUCGAUACCUUCCGGAGUGACAUUAAGGCUAUGGAUAGAGCUUUGAGAAUGCUAAAGAAUCCUCCUUCUUGGAACAUAGAAGAGGAGCUCUUGAAAACUGGCAACCCUACCAGGGCCGAUGAACCUGAAUUCGCCCAAACUCUUUGCACGGCUGUGCAAAUCGGUCUAUCAAACCUAUUAAAAAGGUGGGGGAUUAUCUCUGCUGGAGUAAUCGGUCAUUCGAGCGGAGAGAUUGCUGCCGCUUACUCUGCUGGUGCGAUUACUAUGGAGUCAGCUAUCAUAAUCUCUUACUAUCGUGGACAGGCUGCGAAAUCAAUUUCUAUGGAUAAGAGUAAAGUGCAAGGCGGUAUGGCUGCCGUUGGGCUCGGCCCAGAAAAGGUGAAGCGGUAUUUAACGGAUGGCGUGGUUGUGGCCUGUGAAAAUAGCCCCCAGAGUGUGACGCUUUCUGGGGAUAGUGAUAAACUCGACAUGGUCCUUUCGGAUAUUCAGUCCGCCAACAAAGAUGUUUUCUGCAGGCGUCUUCGUGUGGGAAUUGCUUAUCAUUCUCAUCAUAUGCAAAGCUUGGCUGAGAUAUAUCAUGAACUAAUAAAGCCUCACAUAACAUUUAGCGAUAUCAUGAUUCCACUUCAUUCUAGCGUGACGGGUAAGACUGUUGUUACGCCAUCUCAAUUGGAUGCGAGCUAUUGGGUUCAGAAUUUACUAUCUCCCGUUCUGUUUUUGACUGCAGUUGAAACUUUUUUCAAUGGAAAUAUUGGAAACACCGCCUUUCUGGAAAUCGGCCCUCACUCAGCUCUUUCCGGACCCCUGAGACAAAUAUUCGACAGCUACAAGCCCAAGCAGGAUGCAGUCUAUAUUCCUACUCUUAUUCGAGGUGAAGAUCAGGUAUCAAGCCUAUUGACCGCAGCUGGGAGAGUGUACAUGAAGGGUAACCCGGUUAUAUUCUCAGUUAUUAAUGGCCCAGGGAGGGUCCUAACCGAUCUUCCGACAUAUCCAUGGCAGCAUAACCAGAGGUACUGGGAGGAGAGCCGGAUAUCCCAGCGUUGGAGGAGCCGUCAACACCCCCAUCAUGAGAUACUGGGCUCGCGUGUUUACGAGUCGAGUGAUCUAGAGCCCACAUGGAGAAAUUUACUACGUGUGGAACACGUCCCUUGGAUUUGGGAUCAUAGAUUGAACAAAGAAAUUGUAUUCCCAUGUGCGGGAUAUAUUGCCAUGGUUGGAGAGGCAAUCUACCAAGUCUCUGGAUCUCAUGGUUAUUCGAUCAAGAAUCUAUUCAUGAAGACAGCCCUCAGUUUACAAGAUUCCUCGGUGCUAGAACUUGUUACCAGUCUGCGUCCAGUGCAGCUCACUGAUAGCACUGAUUCAAAGUGGUAUGAGUUUACCAUCAGUUCCUGCAACCACAAUGUUUGGCAAAAGCAUUGCACAGGUCGUGUACGACCAGGCGAGGCAGAAUGGCACCAAUGUACAGAACAUAGUGGGCCAUUUAUCAGGCAUGUCGAGUCUGAUCUGUGGUAUGCUGCACUAAGUAGCCGAGGUCUGGAUUAUGGCCCUCGAUUUAAGGGGCUGAAGGAUAUCACAGCAGACCCCGUAAUCCGCCAGGCCGCUGCAACCAUUACUGAUGAUCAAGACCUACACAAUAGUAGGUAUGCUCUCCACCCAGCUGCAAUUGAUCAGUGUUUGCAGCUUUUCAGUGUGGCAUUUACGCAUGGAAUUUCUCGUCAAAUGACCAAACUCAGCAUUCCCAUUUCGAUUGAGAAAAUUUACAUCAGUAAAGGGACCUCGUCAAUGUCUGUCCAGGCCAAAGGGACCAAAAGUUCUAGCAGUAUGGCAAGUGGAGCUGUGUCUAUGAUAUCCGAAAACAAGCCUGUACUGUGGAUACAAGACGCUCAAUUUUUCACUGUCGAUGAUGAGAAGGAAACCGAGCCAAACUCACGCCUGGUGUCUCGAUGCCAGUGGAAGCCCGAUAUUGACUUCUUGCCGGCAACCGAGUUACUACUUGCUCUUCCACCAGAUAUGCGCUCUCGGGACCUAAUUGGGAAAAUCUCCAGCCUGUCGGUUAUCGAGUGUUCAAGUCGAAUAAAACAUUUAAGCACUGAAACCCCACACUUGAUUAAAUAUCAAAAGCAGAUUGUAUCUCAAGCAAAUAGAAUGAGUCAAGGCCGGGAUGAUCUUGUCCCUGAAGGUCCACAAUGGUCGGCUGAUACUUCUGAAGCUCGUUUAGCGAUCAUAGAAUCUUUGAGGCGGGAGUUGGAAAUAGCGUCACCAACGCUGGUAUCCCUGAUCAAUACCUCUCAAAACGUUCUUGACAACUGUGCAAAGAUCAUCGAAGGCAAGAUUAGCGCACUAGAAGUUCUCAUGGAGAAUGAUGGGCUGAAGGACAUAUAUGAUAACGGAUCUAUGUCGGCUGAUUGGUCCAAGUUUCUGCCAUUGCUUGGUCACUCGAACCCAGGCCUGAGAGUGCUAGAAAUCGGCGCCGGGGUGGGAUCGGCUACUGCAAAAGCAUUGCCAAAUCUAAUCCUCCCAGGAGGUACACGUUUGUAUUCCAAAUACACAUUCACGGACAUAUCACCUGGUGUGCUACCAUCAGCAAAGGAAAGAUUCAAGGAUUUUGAAGAAAUUGAAUAUCUAGUACUAGAUAUUACUCGAGAUCCAACGGAGCAGGGCUUUAGUACGGAAAGCUUUGAUUUGAUCAUCGCUUCAAAUGUCCUUCAUGCAACACCAGUGUUGGCUGCAACCCUGAAAAACGUGCGAUCUCUUCUGGUUCCAGGUGGCCGUCUUCUACUAGAAGAACUUUGCCCAGCUAUGCCAUUCUUCGAUUUCGUGAUGGGUGUCUUGCCAGGAUGGUGGCUGGGGGAAGAUGAUGGCCGGACCGCAGCUCCGUAUGUCACUCCUGAACGAUGGGAUCGAGUGCUUCGAGAGAGCGGUUUCACAGGUGUUGAAGCUGCCAUAUAUGACAGUGAGUAUCCGUACCAAUUUGGUGCGGAUAUGAUAUCUCGGCGUAUUGAAGUUUAUCCUCCUAAAGGGGACUUGUAUCUCCUUCACCAUUCCAAGGUCCAUCGUUGGGCAUAUACUGUAGAGUCCCACCUUACUGAGAAGGGCUAUGCGGUUCAUUGGUGCACAUUAGACCAGGUUCCAGCUGGUCAAGUCAUCAUUUCAUUACUGGACUUGGAGACCCCGUUCUUCGACAAUAUCUCUGAGGAAGACUUCCACACAUUCCAGACUUGCAUCUCGACCAAAGGAGACUGCCGGAUUAUAUGGGUAACACAUGGAAGCCAACUUGAGUGUGCGGACCCUAGAUAUGGCCAGGUCCUUGGCCUCGCCCGAACGCUUAGAUUCGAGUUGGAUGUGGACUUUUCUACGUUUGAAAUUGAUAAAUUUGAUGCUAACUCUGCUAUUUCUCUCUGCAAUGUAUUGGAAAAGAUUCAGAGCAGCCGAGAGAAACACUGGUUGGACCCAGAGUAUGAAUUCCUUUUACAAGAUGGCAUUAUACACGUCGGUAGAUUCCAUUGGACACCCCUAGAUGAAGAAAAUACAACGACCAAUGAACCGAACACACCCAGAGUUCUAGAUAUUGGGACAUACGGUUUGUUGGACUCAAUGUCCUGGGCUAAUGGGGAAGAGGCCACAGUUGCAGAGCAGGAGGUUGGAGUAGACAUGAAAUAUGUUGGGCUGAAUUUCAGGGAUAUCAUGACUUCACUAGGAGCUCUGGGUGAUAAAUGCCAGUUUGGGAUGGAGGGUACCGGAAUCAUCUCCAAGGUUGGAUCGGAAGUUAGGGAUCUGCAUGUGGGCCAAAAGGUUCUCAUUGUCACCUCAGGACUGCUUCGUACGUCCAAGGUGGUAUCAGCAAAGCAGUGUAUGUCAAUUCCCGAUGGGUUAUCUUUAGAGGAUGCAACAACAAUGGCAUCGGUAUAUGCUACUGUGAUACUUUCCAUAAUACGCCUUGGGAACCUUCAAAAAGAUCAGUCUAUUUUAAUACAUUCUGCAUGUGGCGGCGUUGGUUUGGCAGCUAUUCAACUCUGUCAGACAAUUGGUGCUGAGAUUUUUGUGACCGUCGGCAAUGAACAGAAACGAAAGUACCUUAUCGAGAACUAUCAAAUCCCCGAGGACCAUAUAUUUGAUUCACGAAGCACCUCAUUCCUCAAAGGUGUCAUGCAACAGACUAAUGGUAGAGGUGUUGAUCUUGUUUUGAACUCUUUAUCUGGAGAGCUGCUGCAUGCCUCCUGGGAAUGCGUUGCAGAACUUGGUCGGAUGAUCGAGAUAGGAAAGCGAGAUAUCUUAGGCCAUGCUCAACUAAGUAUGGAUGGAUUUUCUGCAAAUAGAGCCUAUUUUGGAGUUGAUCUAUUUCGACUUGGUGAGACAAAUGAAAUGGCACUUCGACGGCUAUUCGACGAAGUUAUGGAGUUUUAUCGACAAGGAAAAAUCAAGCCAAUUCGUCCAGUAACCGUGUUUGAGGCCAGUGAAGUUGUUGAUGCUUUCAGGCAUAUGCAAACGGGCAAACAUAUGGGCAAAAUUCUGAUAAAAAUACCAGACAGCCCAACAGACAUACCACACACGCUGGGCUGCAAAAAACCCAUUAUUCUGUCCCCUAAUGGCUCCUAUCUACUUGUAGGUGGGCUUGGGGGACUCGGUCGCGCCAUCACAACGUGGAUGAUUGAAAGGGGAGCUCGGCAUUUCAUUUUCUUGUCUCGAUCGGCGGGAGAAUCUGAUUCGGACAAAGCCUUCUUACAAGAAGUUGCCGCUCAAGAAUGUACUGCUACUAUAGUCAAGGGGAGUGUAGCAGACUUGGAUGACGUAAAACAAGCGUCCACUGUUAGUUUGAAGCCCAUUAUCGGCAUUAUCCACAUGGCGAUGGUCUUGAGGGAUCAAACAUUUGAAAAAAUGACCUACGAUAACUGGAAUACUCCACUUGCUUCCAAAGUGCAAGGAACAUGGAACUUACACAAUGUUUUCAAGGACGCUCCUCUCGAUUUUUUUAUUCUGUUCAGCUCCGUGGUUGCUCUUGGAGGCAACACCGGCCAGGCCAACUAUACCACAGCAAAUGCCUUCUUGGAUACCUUCGUACGCUACCGCAAAUCUAUGAAUCUACCGGCUUGGGCUAUCAAUAUCGGUUUCAUGCAGGGCAUUGGCUAUGCUAGCCAGAACUCCAAACUUGUGGACAAAGCGCUUGCAAACUCGAUACAAAUGGUGGAUGAAUCCUACCUCUUCGAUGCUUUACAGGCGGCUAUGUCAAAAUCGAAGGGCGCCGGGUCAGGCCAGUUUGCUAUAGGGCUAGGUACCUCAAAGCCUCCUUCUGACUUCAAAGCUCAGCCGUUAUGGCGGUUAGAUGCUCGGUUUACCAUGUAUCAAAACCUCCAAACGCGGGUUGACAAGCCAGGCACUAUUACUGCGGCAGAUCUCAAAGACUUGAUUGAAGACGUCAAGAAGGACCCAACCAUUUUAGACACGCCGGAGACCGAAGAAAAGAUUGCAAAGGAGUUGAGGAUAUUGAUUGGCUCACGUGUGGGCCAUGAUGAGGAUAGGGAUAAACAAGAAAUCGACAAUAUGGCCAUUGACUCCCUGAUGACGAUAGAGAUUAGAAGCUGGUUCCGUCGAAACUUAUCCCUGGACAUUCCGCUAAUGGAGAUCUCAAAUGCUAAGACCGUUGGAGGCCUCACAGCGACUACCUUAAAUGCUCUGCGCUCCAAAUACCAGCCCCAAGCCUCGGAAGAAGAUAGAGAGGAUAGUGGCACAUCUGAGCACGAAGCCUCAGAGGUUCAGAUCUUGGAGGCUGAUACACAGUUAGGUAUCAAGUUGCGACCCAUUCCAGGACCAAUUAUCGAUUGGAAGGGUGAGUCCGAAGGUCGGGUAUUCCUGACCGGAGCCACCGGUUUUGUCGGGGCAUCCAUGCUUGCAUCACUCCUUGAUCAGUCGUAUGUCAAAACGGUUGCUUGCCUUGUGCGAGCCAAAGACGAAGACGCAGGAAGAGAACGCAUUGAGGAAACUCUCAAAAAAUACGGCAUCCAACGAGAACUUGGUGAGAGACUUAUAGCUGUCCCGGGAGAUUUGUGUAGUCCAACACUAGGCCUUGACAAAAGGAGAUUUGAGGAGCUAUCGGGGUGGGCAAGUGUUGUCUUCCACCUUGCCGCCCAAGUGAACUAUCUCCAGCCCUAUUCUGCCCACCGCGAAGUCAACCCGCUUGGAACGUUUAAUAUGCUUCGGUUUGCCACGAACAAACGGCCAAUAACUCUUCAUUAUAGCUCAAGCCUUUCGGCAUGCGGGCUAAACGCUUAUGUUGGUAAACAGCUCAUUCCAGAAGAUGAGAAGCCGACUGUUGACCUAGACGAUACUGGCCCUAAGAGCGGAUACUCACAGAGCAAGUAUGCUGCGGAGAUGAUAUUAUGGAACGCUAUAUCUAAUGGUAUCCCCGUAUCCAUUUAUCGCCUUGGCCUGGUUCUAGGACAUAGCGUUACUGGUAUUGGCAGCACCGACGAUGCUAUCUACAGGCUGAUGUCCAGUUGCAUCCAGCUUGGAAGCUAUCCCAUUGCACCUAAACAGCGCAACCAGUUUGUCCCAGUGGACUUUGUGAUUUCGUGUCUCCUAGAAAUUUCUGCGUCCAUGGAGAAUAUUGGCCACGCCUACAAUGUUAUGCAGCCAGACCAGGAUGCAGUGGCUGACUUCCCAGCAAUAUUCGACAUGCUGAGUCAAUCCUGUCCCUUCCCGCUGCGGCCUAUUCCAUACGAGGACUGGGUUCAAGCUCUUACCAAGCUGCAAACCACCGGAAUGAACGUGUUCCUGACAACUAUGGAGGAUCGAGACCAUCAACGCCAUACCGUCUGGUGGGACAUAACGGCGGAAUCGUAUUCCUAUGGCACUGGCAAUUUGCGUCGAGCACUGGCACACCGUCCAGAUAUCCUGCAGCUUCCCACAAUAGAUAAAUUGAUGAAGACGUGGUCAGCUCAGUGGAUAGAGGGAGCUAGCGCAGGCAGCAAGCCGACGCCACCAACCAAGCGUGCCGAGAACAUCUAA